AGCACCAGUGUAAUUCAACACAUAUUUAAUCUCGGUUGAAUGUGUUUGUGUGAGAAAUUCAGCUCUUAGUCAUUCAGCAGUGCAGAGAUGAAGACAGUGCUGAUGGUGGCUGAAAAGCCCUCUUUGGCUCAGUCCAUCGCCAAAAUCCUCUCUAAAGGCAGCUGUUCGAGCCGUAAAGGUCUGAAUGGCGCAUGCUCGGUCCACGAGUACACAGGAUCCUUCGUGGGCCAAAACGUGCGCUAUAAGAUGACGUCAGUUUGCGGUCACGUCAUGAGUCUGGAUUUCACAGGGAAAUACAAUAACUGGGACAAAGUGGAUCCUGCUGAGCUCUUCAGUAAAGCACCGACUGAGAAGAAAGAGGCCAACCCAAAACUCAGCAUGGUCAAAUUUCUACAGGUUGAAGCAAAAGGCUGUGACUAUGUUGUCUUGUGGCUGGAUUGUGAUAAAGAAGGAGAGAACAUCUGUUUUGAGGUUUUGGACGCCAUCCGGCCGGUGAUGAAUAAGCCUUACGGUAACGAGCGCACUGUGUACCGGGCCAAGUUCAGUUCCAUCACCGACACCGACAUCUGUAAUGCCAUGAACCGACUGGGAGAACCCAACAAGAACGAGGCUCUGUCUGUGGACGCUCGGCAGGAACUGGACCUUCGGAUCGGCUGUGCUUUCACACGGUUCCAAACCAAGUAUUUUCAGGGAAAAUACGGGAAUCUGGACUCCUCUCUGAUCUCAUUCGGCCCAUGCCAGACACCGACGCUGGGGUUCUGCGUGGAACGCCAUGACAAGAUCCAGUCCUUCAAACCUGAGACGUACUGGGUCAUCCAGGCCAAGGUGUUUAAAGGGAAGGAGAGUCCGAUCACUUUGGAUUGGGAUCGCGUGCGGGUGUUUGACCGAGAAAUCGGACAGAUGUUUGUCAACAUGGCAAAGUCAGCAAGAGAAGCCCUGGUUGAGUCGGUCAGUAAGAAAGAGAAAGCCAAGCAGAGACCGCUGGCCUUGAACACAGUGGAGAUGUUAAGAGUUGCGAGUUCUGCUUUGGGGAUGGGUCCUCAGCAUGCCAUGCAGGUAGCUGAGCGCUUGUACACACAAGGCUACAUCAGCUACCCUCGCACUGAGACCACCCACUACCCUGAGAACUUUGACCUCAAGGGAACGCUAAGGCAGCAGGCCAGCAACUCUUACUGGGCCGAGACGGUGCGAGCUCUAAUUGCUGAGGGCAUUAACCGACCCAGGAAAGGUGUGGAUGCAGGAGAUCAUCCUCCCAUCACCCCGAUGAGGGCUGCCACUGAGAGUGAGCUCGGCAGUGAUGGGUGGCGUUUGUAUGAGUACAUCACACGUCACUUCAUAGCCACGGUCAGUCAAGACUGCAAGUACCUGCAGACCACGAUUGCUUUCCAAAUCGGCACUGAGGGAUUCUCCUGUACCGGCAAAACUCUUCUUUCUGCAGGUUUUACAGAAGUGAUGCCAUGGCAGGGCAUUGCUCUCGAGGAGGCUUUACCAUCGUGUGAGAAAGGAGAUGCAUUUACAGUCGAUGAGAUUAAACUGCUGGAGAAGCAGACGAGCCCACCCGACUACCUCACCGAGGCCGAGCUCAUCACGCUCAUGGAGAAACAUGGCAUCGGCACUGAUGCUAGUAUCCCCGUUCACAUCAAUAACAUCUGUCAGAGGAAUUAUGUAACCGUGGAGAACGGACGCAAACUCAAACCCACCAAUCUGGGAAUUGUCCUGGUUCACGGCUACUAUAAAAUAGAUGCGGAGUUGGUAUUGCCUACUAUCCGCAGUGCGGUGGAGAAGCAGCUGAAUCUUAUUGCUCAGGGCAAAGCGAACUUCCACCAGGUACUACAGCACACCCUGGACAUCUUUAAGAGGAAAUUCCACUACUUUGUCGAUUCCAUCGCUGGUAUGGAUGAGUUGAUGGAGGUGUCCUUCUCGCCCAUCGCUGCUACAGGGAAGCCGUUCUCACGCUGCGGGAAGUGCCAUCGCUUCAUGAAGUAUAUUCAGGCCAAGCCGAGCCGUCUGCACUGUUCACACUGUGAUGAGACGUACAGUCUGCCCCAGAACGGAGCCAUCAAACUCUACAAGGAGCUCCGGUGUCCUCUGGAUGAGUUUGAGCUGGUGCUAUGGACAUCGGGGUCUCGUGGGAAGAGCUACCCUCUGUGUCCCUACUGCUUCAACAACCCUCCCUUUAGAGACAUGAAGAAAGGUAUGGGCUGUAACGAGUGCACCCACCCUUCCUGUCCACACUCUCUCAACUCGCUCGGCAUUGGUCAAUGUGUCGAGUGUGAGACAGGCGUGCUCGUCUUUGACCCCAACUCCGGCCCAAAGUGGCGCAUGGCCUGCAACAAGUGCAGCGUGGUGGUGCAUUUCUUCGAGCAGGCCCAUAAGGUGCAGGUUUCUCAGGAGAGCUGCGAGUCAUGCGAAGCUUCUCUGGUUAUGGUAGACUUCCAUAAAGCGCGCUCACCGCUAGCCGACGGAGAGACGCAACACACCGGCUGUGUUUUCUGCGAUCCCAUAUUCCAGGAUCUGGUAGAGCUCAAGCAUGCCGCCAUGCGGCAUCCCAUGCACAGAGGAGGCGGGGCUCGGAGGGGAAGAGGGAGGGGAAGAGGGAGGAGACCUGGAGGACGGGGCAAUCCUAAAAAACCGAAAGACAAAAUGGCUGCCCUGGCUGCAUAUUUUGUAUAAAUCAUUAUGUAUAGAGUAUUUCAGGAAAAUAUUUUAGUUAUUCUGAGGAC